UGACUCUUCUUGCUUCUCAUCUAAGUUGAAUACGCAUCCUUUGCACUUUAAUCUCCUGUCAGUGCCAUUGGGCUAACUGAAACAGGAUUUUGAAAUUGCAACUAUAAAGACAUCCAGCCAAAGUCUCAAUCUUGCCUUAACAAUGUUCCAGAGGCUGAAUAAAAUGUUUGUGGGUGAAGUCGAUCCUUCACCCAACCAAGGACCAGAAUUUAGUGAGAAAGAAGAUGAUGAAUGGAUUCUUGUUGACUUCAUAGACACGUGUACUGGGUUCUCAGCAGAGGAGGAAGAGGAGGAAGACAUCAGUGAAGAGUCACCUACUGAGCACCCUUCAGUCUUUUCCUGUUUACCUGCAUCUCUUGAAUGCUUGGCUGAUACAAGUGAUUCCUGCUUCCUCCAGUUUGAGUCCUGUCCAAUGGAGGAGAGCUGGUUUAUCACCCCUCCCCCAUGUUUCACUGCAGGUGGAUUAACCACUAUUAAGGUGGAAACCAGUCCUAUGGAAAACCUUCUCAUUGAACAUCCCAGCAUGUCAGUGUAUGCUGUGCAUAACUCCUGCCCCAGUCUCAAUGAGUCCAGCUGUGGGACUGGAGAAUUCCAUGAUCCAAGUAGUCCCAGAGUGGAAGCUCAGAAUGAAAUAGGGCAGCACAUUCAUUGCUAUGUUGCAGCUCUUACUGCUCAAACAACUUUUCUGGAGCAGCCCAAGAGUUUUCGCCCUUCCCAAUGGAUUAAAGAACAUAGUGAUAGACAGUCUCUGACCAGAAACAGCCUUCGUCGCCAAAAUCUUACCAGGGAUUUCCACUCUCGACAAGUUAAGCACAAUGGCUGGGUUGUUCAUCAGCCCUGCCCGCGUCAGUACAAUUAUUAAGAAUUUCGAGUUCUGUUGGUUGGCUUCUCUUGG